AUGGUGAAAGAGUUGAAGGAGCUCUAUCAUCACUCUAAUAGCGCACCCUUAUCAGGCGAUCAGAUUCUAGGACCAGAAAGAACUGGCGACUAUGCCGGCUUCCCUGGUUGUGGCCUUCUCCGUUUACACAGCACUUACCGCCAUGACCUCAAAAUUUACGCAUCAGAUGAGGGUCGUGUGCAGAUGACUGCGGCGGCUUUUGCAAAGGGUCUGUUAGCACUGGAAGGAGAGUUGACUCCAAUCCUCGUUCAGAUGGUGAAGAGUGCCAACAUGAACGGACUGCUGGACAGUGACAGCGACUCUCUCACUGACUGCCAGCAGAGAGUCAAAGCUCGAUUACAUGAGAUUAUGCAGAAGAACAAAGACUUCAAUGAGGAGGACUACAGCAAGUUGGCUUCAACAGGCAGCCCAUCUCUGGUGAACUCUAUGGAGGUAAUCGUCAAUCCAGUCAGUACUUGUGAUCGAGUUCACACACUCAUUAAAAGCCUUACGUGUCAGAUCUGUAAAAGGCUGGAAGACCCCAAAUCUGCAGAUCUACAGCUAUACCACAGUGAGACUCUGGAGCUCAUGCUGCAGCGCUGGUCCAAACUGGAGCGUGACUUCCGCAUGAAAAACGGCCGCUAUGACAUCAGUAAGAUCCCAGACAUCUAUGACUGUGUGAAAUACGACACCCAACACAAUUCUUCUCUGGGGCUGGAGGACACGCUGGAGCUUUUCCGUCUGUCCAGGGCACUUGCAGACAUCAUUAUCCCACAGGAGUAUGGAAUCACUAAAGUAGAGAAGCUGGAUAUCGCCAGUGCCUACUGCCUGCCUCUGGUCAAGAAGAUUCAGCUGGAUCUUCAGAGAACACAUGAGGACGAGGCCGUCAACAAGCUGCAUCCACUGUACUCGCGGGGCGUGAUGUCUCCGGGUCGACAUGUUCGAACCCGGCUAUAUUUCACCAGCGAGAGCCACGUCCACUCCCUGCUUAACAUCUUUCGCUACGGAGGCCUGUUAGACGAGCAAAAAGAUGAACAGUGGAAGCAGGCUAUGGACUACCUCAGUGCUGUUUCCGAACUCAACUAUAUGACACAGAUUGUUAUUAUGCUGUAUGAGGACAAUAACAAGGACCCCUCCUCAGAGGAACGUUUUCACGUGGAGUUGCACUUUAGCCCGGGAGUGAAGGGGUGCAAGGAUGAGGAUAAUGCACCAAUGGGUUUUGGCUUCCGGCCUGCCUCCUCAGAGAACCACGAGAAGCAGACAAACCCAGGCAGUCUUGAAGACCUUUCCCAAGACGAGCCCGACAGAGUCGCACUGACUGAGCCAAUCAGCAUUCAGAGGAAGUCGCCACUCAUACGAGGCCGAAAGGCUGGAUCUAUGGAGGCUCUUUCAGAGAGCAACACUUCUUCUCGAGGGCUGGCGUAUCGCAUCUUCCCAUCGUCUUCUCGUCAGUCACCUGAGAUCAAACCCAGCGGGCUAGGCGCCCAGUGUGCGGGCCUCUUCAGCGCCUCCUUCCCCAACCUGAGAGACCUAUCACGAGUUCCUCGCAAAAAGCCCUCCUCGCUCAGGAAUCGGUCUUCUCAAACCGAGCUGCUCUCUAUGCCGGCAGUAAAGAGAUUUUCUGUGUCGUAUGCCAGGCAUCCGACUAAUGCGCUCUUAAAUGAGCAUCAGGUGGUAAAGCUGUUAGCUGGGCUCCACCACCUACACCGCUGCUCCUACCACCUCCGCCUGCUCCUUGCUGGCCAGAAACCCCCAGAAUGCCUCUCUGGGUUUGAAGGUUGCUCCUUGGUACCCUCCAUCUAUCCACUGGAGACACUGCACAACUCGCUGUCCCUCAAGCAGGUGGAUGAGUUCCUCACCACGUUGUGUAAAAACGGGAGCGAGACACAAUUCAAGAGGCUCAAAUCCCUGUCUGCCAUGUUUGAGUCACACUCCCAGCCAUCCUUAGAUGUUGAUAAUCAGGAGACACCAAUAUCAACCCCGGUCCGGAACCAACCAGCUUCACAGUCUCUCUGGUACGCCAGCGGCCCUCCCAGUACCGUAUCCAGUGCCGGGCCCUCGUCUCCAUCUGUACCACAGCCCUCAUCCAACUUCAGAUUCAACAGCGAAGCCUCUUUGGCUGGAUUCAGCUGAUAGUUUGAUCUGUCAGCAAAUACAGCUCUGAAACCAGUAAUUAGCUCUUCCGCUGUACUUCUGAGCUCCGGUCGAGUUGGAUAGUAAUUAUGAUCCCAGAUUCAGCAGCAGCGAGACAGAGACAUUACAGACAAUAGUAAUUGUCUGUGCUUCUUUUUUUUCUUCCCACCAUACAGAGUAAUGCAACUCAAAUAAAUAUUCAAAGAAGCAUACAAGUCCACAUUAAAAAUUGAUUUAAUCAUUCA